AGAAGUAGGGGGACAGAAAUCCUGACAAAGGCCUACCACAUCUCCCACCCCAUCCCUCCUCGGCCCUCAUUUCUCUCUUGCCUCUGAAAACUGAAGGCAGGACAGUCUCAUAGGGCAUGCUCAAAAGGACACAAGAUCUUCUUGGGGCACAGUAGUAUAUGAAACCACAAGAGGGAUUCGACUUACCACUGUCGGAGAAGACUAACAAGGAAGGAAGCAAAGGCCUACCAUAUGCUUAGCUCUGCUCACUCUCAUGGCGCAAGGUGAGGAGAGUUCGUGGUGGGUGACAAGUGAUCAUGGUAGAGCUCUACCAUUCAGCCAAGCACUUGCAUGUGGAAUCCAAAGCCAUGCUCCUGCUGCGCGACCUGCCAACUUCUUGGAGUUGCAACCUUCAGCUACUGCUUACUUUGGUGAGUUGGAGGAGGCCCUUAUCCAUGGCUCUUGUACUUCUAUUGAUCCUAGCAUGAUCGGACGUGAUGUGGACACAGAGUGUAAUAAGACAGCAGGAUACCUUGCAGCUAGGCCCCCCACACUGGAGAUCUUCCCUUCAUGGCCAAUGAGUCAUCUACAGCAGCCAUACAGUGGUAACUCGCACUCAGUAGGGAGCACCUCUGAAUCGAGCUCAGGUCAGAACGCCAUGCCGCAGGCCGAGUUGGUGUCCCCAGGGAGCAUGAGGGCCGACUCUGGGCAGCAACAGGAGGUUUUGAUGGUGACCGUUGAUGACUACAACUACGAGCAAGGCCUUGGAGUGGCAGCAACCACUGCUCCAAUCUUUCAGCAGCAUACAGAAAGCCAGGACAAGAGGAAGCAAGGAUCCACAAGAAAAGAUGGCAAGCUGUUAGACGCAAAGACUGAAAGGCGAUUGGCUCAGAACCGAGAAGCUGCAAGAAAGAGCAGGCUGAGAAAAAAGGCCUAUGUGCAGCAAUUAGAAACAAGUCGGAUUAGGCUUCAGCAAAUCGAGCAAGAACUACAGGGGGCACGUUCACAGGGCCUGUUCCCGGGAGGAGGCAGCGCGUCUGGAGAUAUGAAUUCUGGGGCUCUGAUGUUUGACAUGGAGUACGCCCGAUGGUUAGAAGAUGACAGCAAGCACAUGACACAGCUUCAGGGCAUUCUGCAGGCUCAAAAUAUCGAUGCAAACCUUGGGACCAUUGUUGAAGAGUGCAUGCGGCACUAUGAUGAGCUGUUCCACCUGAGAGCUAUGCUUGCAAGAUCAGAUGUGUUCCACCUUAUGACUGGCUUGUGGGCAACGACGGCUGAGCGAUGCUUCCUCUGGAUGGGCGGGUUCCGUCCUUCUGAAAUUCUCAAGAUGCUGAUACCUCAGCUUGAUCCACUUACGGAGCAGCAGCUACUAGGGAUGUGCAACCUGCAACGGUCAUCGGAGCAGACUGAGGAGGCGCUUGUGCAGGGGCUCCAGCAGCUGCACAAGUCGCUGGCGGAUGCGGUGGGCGCUAGUCCUCUCAGUGAUGGCGCAAAUGUUGCCAACUACACUGCUCUCAUGGCACUAGCACUUGACAGGCUCGACACCCUUGAGAGCUUUUAUCGUCAGGCGGACAACCUGAGGCAGCAGACCUUGCACCACAUGCGGCGGCUCCUGACCACUCGGCAGACGGCGCGGUGCUUCCUCUCCAUCGGCGAGUAUCACCGCCGCCUGCGCGCCCUCAGCUCCGUCUGGGCUUCCCGUCCUCUCGAGAGCUUCGUCGCGGCAGCAGAGAAUGUCAGCCCUACAGGGACGGCCGAGCAAGCCAUCCACCAUCCGUACCACCAAAGCCAGUUUUCCGGCUUCUGAAGGCUCGAUGGUAGGGCACAGAUUCUGCCGUCAGUGGUGGCGAGGGGACAGAUUGUACUAAAUACUAAUGCCCUAUGAUUAACAUAUUCGUCGAGAAUGGAACAUCAACCCGUAUUCAGUGCAUCACUUUGGAAA